AUGUCGCUGAAGCGGAACUGCCGGGAGAGGCUGUUCAACGUGAUCGAGAAGAUCACCCAAGUGAGCAAGUACGUAAUCAUGGUGGUGGACCCGAGUGCACACCAAGUGUUAUCCAUGAUUUGCAGGAGCGAAGAACUGCUGGAAAGGGGUGUGUCCCUUGUGGAACAGAUUGAUGCCAAGCGAAACAGGCUAAAAGACUUCGACUGCAUUUAUUUCCUCAGUUCCAAAGUAGAAGUCGUAGAAAGGAUGCUUGAAGAUUUCAAAAAUGAGCAAAAUGUCAUGUACAAUAAUAUCCAUAUUUUAUUUACCUCAAAUGUGGGAAAAAAAAAAAAAGAAAUACUUAACCUCCUAGCAAGUAGCGAUUUUUUACUUAAGAAAAUAAAAACAUGUGCAUGCUUCAACAUCCCUUUCUUUGCAUUUGAAAGUAGAAUUUUUUAUUUGGACCAUAAAUUAAAUAUGUAUGAUUUUUAUCCUGUAAAGGAUGCCAACAUUUUGGAAGAACUUGCGUUGGAAUUACUUUCUGUUUGCUGUUGCUUGAAAAGUAAGCCUCUUUUACGUUAUUUUAAUUCUCCUUUGUGUAAGAAAUUUGCAGAAAUAUUUUCCAACUGUGUAAGUGACUCGAGCAUUUUGGAGACAUCGGAUGGGGACGAUGAAGAUGUACUGUUGAUUUUGGACCGAUCGAUCGACUGCUCCAUUUUGUUUGCCCACGACUACGCGUAUCAAAGUCUCUGCUACGAUGUGCUGCGGAUCAGGACGCAUCGGGAGAGGCACACGGAGAGGCAGCCCAAACCGGGGGUGCACAGCGAGGGGGGUACUGACCAGGGAGAGGAGGACCCACAUACAGUCAGCUUCGAAAUUACAAACAAUGAUCAAAGGAAGGAAAUAAAAAGAGCCAUCCUCUCGGAGGAAGACAACCUUUGGAUUAAGUACAGACAUACACAUAUCCAAGACGUAAAUGAAGUUAUCAAAAAUGACAUUGCCUCCUUUACAGAGAAAAAUGCAGUUGCAAAAAUUAAAAAAAAAAAUGUGUUACGUCCAAAUGAAGCAUUAGAUGCUUUACGAUCCCUUCCUGAAUACGAAACGAUGAUUGAGCAGUACUGGUUGCAUGUGUACUUAUGUGACAACUGCUUCGAGACCUUACAAAAGAAAAAUAUCGUACAAGUCGGGAUGGUCGAACAGGACUUGUGUUGCAAUGUUGACAGUUAUGGGAAGGAACUAACACAUACCAAAAAUUCAAAAAGUGUUCUGUCUAUAAUCAGUAGCAAUGACUACCAGCAGGAGGAGAAGGUCAGGUUGCUUCUCCUUUAUUUUAUUAACUAUGAGAAUAUAAGUGAGCUAGAUAAAGCUAGACUAAUCGAAUCAUCUCAAGUUGGUCUGUUCAUGGAAAAAUUUAUCGAUCUGUUUCUCAAUUUGAAGAUGCACUGUGGUGAAGGUACUCAUGUGGAGAAGCACACAGUAGAGGAGAGCUCCUCCACGGGGAAUAAAAUCUCUCACAUUUUGGAAAGGAAUAAAAAAAAAAUAAAAUAUUAUAAAAACGUUGCAAAGAAUGCAAAGUAUGAACUGAGUCGAUAUGAACCAAAUAUCAAAGAGAUCAUUACGGAGUUACAUGAGGAUACUUUGCAUAGGGGACAGUACCCAUUCGUGGAUGGUGACCGGGGGUCUUCUCACCAUGGAAAAGACCAGAACGCGUCUGCAGGGAAGAAGCCAAAUGUGACUAGGGGAACUGUGUGGGAGUUCAAGUCGGUGGAAAGGAAAGAGGGCCAAAGGGGGGGUGGGAAAAAAAUUAUCAUUUUCAUCCUUGGGGGGAUCACCUUCCCCGAAAUUCGGCAGGCGUACGAGCUGUCCGAGCAGCUGGCCGUGGACGUUUAUUUGGGCGGCACGUCCCUGCUCACCAGCGAGGUGCUCUUCCAGCAGUUCAGGCGCUUCCCCAGC